AUUCGUCGCUCAAUCUCGGCGCAUGUGUGCAUGAAACAUUCAGUUAUAACUUUCAGUUGGGUUUGCGCCUAUCUUAUCAAGGAGAUAUCACUUUCGGAAUUAUUAAAAAGAAGAGAAUUAUAAAUGAGAAAAUUUUCUCUAUCCGAUCAGUCAUGAGUGACUUAGCUGCAAGAUUACUGCUUUUGUUCGCUUUGGCUUUGGGAAGACAACAUCGAAGUUCUUUUUCCGUCAGGUUGUGGGUGGAAUAAAUAUAAGGAUUUAAAAGAAACAAAUCAACCCAUCUUCUAUUCUUAAUUUACAGUAUUUAAAACGGUUAAAAGUUGUCCAAGUUUUUCUUUUUCUUUUACUUUUUCUUCUUUUUUUUCUAUAAAAUGAAUAACAAAUGUUCUUCCUUCUUUGCUUUAGUUAAUACAUAAAAAGUUUAAACUUUUACUUUAUGAUUACUUAAUUUGCAUGAAGAUUAUAUAUAUAUAAUGAAAAUUCAAAUAUUGUAUAGCAUGACAAGGCAACUAGCACUAGAUCAGUAUAUUUUGUUAUUUGAUUCCCAGCUGCCUGGUUUAACUCACACAAGGCCGUCAUUGGCAUUCUAGGCACUAGGCAAGUUAAUGAAAAGCGAAAAGAUAUACUAAAACGUCGAAAAUUGUAAGGAAGACUUUUUUAAGUUAAAAGUUUAAUAGUAUUAAUAAUAAAGCAUUUAAUAAUAAUAAUAGUAAAGAUCUUUUAGAUCCCUUAUAUUCCUUUCAUCCGCAAAAUUUUACUAGGUUACAUAACCUCGGUAAAAUUCAUGGUGCUCGACAUACACUGAAAAACCUUGGCGGAAAGCAGGUGGAUGCUUUUCUCGGGAUACCAUACGCAAAACCCCCAGUGGGUGAUCUUCGUUUCAGGAUGCCCAUACCCUGGGAUCAUAAAUGGGUGAAGCCAUUCAAGGCCAAUCGUCUUCCAGCGUCAUGUCCUCAAACAAUGGACGAAGUAUUCGGCAGUUUUCCAGGAUCCGAUAUGUGGAAUCCUGAUAAAGCGAAUAUGGAUGAAGACUGCCUCUAUCUGAACAUCUGGAGGCCAGUACGACCCAGGAGACGUCUUACAAAGGCGGGCGUAAUGGUCUGGAUAUACGGUGGAGGGUUUUAUGGUGGUACAACUAGUUUACCUCUUUAUAAUGGUAGGAUAUUAGCGGCUGAACAGGAUAUUAUUGUCGUCUCAAUAAAUUAUAGAGUAGGAGCGCUUGGUUUUAUGCAUUUGCCUCAUAAAGAUACACCAGCUAACGUUGGUUUAUUUGAUCAGAGAGUAGCCCUUAAAUGGGUUCAGCAGCACAUUUCAGCUUUCGGUGGAGAUCCAAAGAACGUAACGUUAUUCGGUGAAUCGGCUGGCUCUGUAUCGGUGUCCAUGCACCUUUUGUCAUCUCAUUCCUGGAAUUUGUUUAAUAGAGCAAUUAUGCAAUCUGGAACUGCCAAUAUGCCUUGGGCAACCCUCACGAUAGAACAGGCGCAUGCUAGAGCGAAACAUUUCGCCAAAUUGGUCGGUUGCAAAAAGUCUUCCAAUACGCCCGUAGAUUAUAUUGUACAAUGCUUAAAAAAUCAAAGUUAUGAAUAUCUUAUUGAAAGACAAUGGCUAGGAGUUUCUAGAGGAAUAAUGCAAUUUCCUUUUAUACCUGUUAUAGAUGGUGUUUUCCUAACCGAACAUCCUAAUUCUUCGCUUUUUCACGGAAGUUUUAAGAAAUGCCCAAUUAUUCUGGGAUCAAAUGCCAAUGAAGCCAGUUUCUUUAUGAUUUAUGAACUUAGCAAUUGGAUUAAUUUGACCUAUUCUACAAUGGAUUCAUCUACUUAUAAAAGUGGUUUGAGGAAGCUGUUUGAAUACUUUCCUCAAUAUCCAAUGAGAAUCAAUAGCUUUGGAUUAGACGCAAUUCAUUUUCAAUAUGCUCAUCACGCCAAUUACGACGAUACUGAGGCGAACUUGGCGAGCUUGGAUGCCGCCGUUUCAGACCAUCAAUUUGUAUGUUAUGUCAAUCAAUUUGGAGAUUAUUACGAUAAAGCUGGCCAACGAGUUUAUUAUUAUUACUACACUCAUCGAUUCGAUAAUAAUCCAUGGCCAAAAUGGAUGGGAGCCUUGCACGGCGAUGAAAUUUUAUUUAUUUUUGGCGAACCAUUGAAAAGGUAUCCGAAAUUUGAAUUUAGCAAAAAAGAAAGAGAUUUGUCUAUGUUAAUGGGAAGAUUAUGGGUUAACUUUGCAAAAUCAGGAGAUCCGAAUUUGAGAUAUAAAAAUGAGAGACGCCUAGGAGGAAAGCUAUGGCCAUCGUAUAAGGCAAAAACAAAGCAAUACCUGGAAUUGAACUUACUUACACCGGAUAAUAAUAAAAGUAAAGAAUAUUAUAAAGCUCAGUAUAGAGGCCUCAGGCUUAAGAGAUGCGUCUUCUGGCUUGAUUACAUGCCUAACCUCAUUAGGUCAACAGGUAGGUCAAUUUUUUACCAAUUUUCCAGUUGAGAUAGAAAAAAACGCCUCGAAAACGACGCGAGGCCUCGUCAGAUCGAUCGGUUAAAUUCAUUUGUGUCUAUUGACCUGACUGCGUCUGCGUCGCAUAUUGCAAACGUUCUUAUCAAUUUUUCCUUCAUAUUAUAUAUAUAUAUAUAUAUACUGGAUAUAUCUACAGUAUAUAUCUACUAUAUGUACAUAUAUACAUCUCUGUCCACGUGUAAUCUCUAACUAGCUAGUAGUAAGUAAAACAAACUAGAGAAAUAAUAGGCUUUAAGUACUAGGCUUAAAAAUGAGAGUUCAAGUACGAGGAUGCAGAUGAGUGGGAGGAUAAGAAGGUAGAAGAGAUGGAAGGUAGUAGAUGAUAGAAAGAGAAGAAGAAAAGAAUUUACAUAUCAUUGUAAAAAAAAAUGAUCUAUAAAGAUUAUAUAAGCGUAUGUAUCUGUAUAUAAAUGUUACAGAGAAGACAUAGGAAGUUAUAGACUAGAUAAGUAGAGACAAUAAGAGAUAUGAUAGGAAUUAAAAUUUUUUAUCCUUCAAUUGCCGGAAAUAAGGCAUAACGAAUAAUUUCUUUUGUACUAUCUCAUUUUAUAUUUUAUGAAUAAGGAAGAGAAUAAAAUAAUGGAAAAAGCUUGAUUUUCGAUCAAUGGGAAAAAAAUAAUAAAGGGAAAAUCUUUUCUCUCUUUUCCCUUUUUCUAUCCUUCGACUUGGAAAAAUUUUGGCAUGAAUUUCUUUAAUCUUGAUCAGUAAGAAAUGUAUUCGUUAUAUUUUUCACCUUCUAUCAAAAUGGUUAAAUGCUCUCAACGCCUGAAGCUUUUUCAGAUAUUCUCCCUCUCUCUCUCUCUCGCUCUCUUUCUCUCUCUUUCUUCCCCACUUGUUCUCACUAAUGUUAAUUCCACUGCUUCUCCCUCUUCUGUUUCAGAUAUCCUUUUCUUACUAACUGAGAAGUGUUUUCUUUUUUAUUAUAAAAACACAAGAAAGAAAAUAAUGGAGUCUAAAUCAAAUGAGAAUGAUUCAAGAUAAAAGAAGAGACAGUGAGAGAGAGAGAGAGCAGAUUAUUUAUGUUUCUAUAUAAUUUUUAAUUUGUAACAGCUACGUUAAUUUUUCGUAAAUUAAAAAGAGAAGAUAAAUAGCAUUAGAAGAAUUGCCUUUAGAAUAAAAACCAUAAGAAAUAGGGACUCUAGUUUGCUGCUUGUUUUAUGAUUUUUUAUAAUUCUCAACGGACGUUUCCUGACACCACCUCGUUUAGUUUAGUCGCAGACAAGUGUAAAACCUCAUCGAAUCCUACCGGAAUUUCACUGUACCACUGCUGAAAAAGCUUAUGUAAAUGAUUGCUACACAAAAACUGUAAAUUACGGCAUUGAGAAGCAUAAAAUAGCUAAGGCGUCAGUUCUUACGGCAAACUCC